AACUAUCACUCGCGUUUCAGCAUUGUUAGGGGGACGUUUAAGCCUUGGAGAUAAGUAAUUCUCUUAAAACAGCUUUGGCAAGGUGGAUUUUAGGUUAGACAACCAACUUUCCCAAAGCGCGAACGCAUCGGGGUUGCGCGCUUGAGACUGGAGCGUGCGCGAUCUGAGAUCAUUGAGUAUGCAGUAACAAGAUACUGGAAUUGGGCAGAAGGAGAGAUUUCAUCUGUUUUCUGGCUUCCAUGGAGGGUGAGAACCAUCUACAGCACUGGAAAAAAUUAAGGUGUUUUCUGUUGUGCUUUGCAGUCCUUAUUCUUACAGCAGAGGUCAACGCAGGAGUGAAGAAGAGCGGUGGACCAUGUGGGGGGAGAGACUGCAGCGGAGGGUGUCAGUGUUAUCCUGAGAAGGGUGCGAGGGGAUUGCCUGGACCCCUAGGUCCCCAGGGUCCCACAGGCCCUAAUGGGCGACCAGGAUACCCUGGUCUCCAGGGCCCUAAAGGAGAGAAGGGCGACCAUGGCAGAGGAGGCUUUAUGGGUCCAAAAGGAAGUGUGGGAAUUGGAGGUGUUCCAGGGUUUAAUGGAGCCGAUGGUGUUCCAGGCCAUCCUGGGCCGUCUGGGCCUCGUGGAAAACCAGGAGCUGACGGUUGUAAUGGAACCCGGGGAGAAUCAGGAACGCCAGGCAUUCCAGGACAUAAUGGCGAAUCUGGAAUAUCAGGUCGGCCAGGAAUGAAGGGGGAGAAGGGUGACCCUUUGGAGAUGUGGGUUUAUAUGGAAAGAUUCAGGGGAGAUCCAGGACCACCAGGUUCUCCAGGAUUUUUUGGACCAACUGGUAACCCAGGGUACAGAGGACUGCCAGGAUCUCAAGGUCCUUGGGGUCCUACUGGCAUUAAAGGUGUUAAAGGACAAAAGGGUGAAAGCACUAAAAUGUUAAAAGGAGUCAAAGGAGACACGGGGGAGAAUGGAGAGCCGGGCCCACCAGGACCUUACUCACAAAUCCGUCCAAACCCUUCAGAUUGGCAGGGUGAAAAAGGCUUGAAAGGUAAUAAAGGACAACCAGGAGAUUCGGGAUAUUUAUCAACCAAAGGAGAGACUGGUGUGACAGGGGUUCCAGGGGAAUGGGGAAACACAGGACUAAAUGGCCGGCCAGGACCUAGGGGUGACACUGGACUACCAGGUUUCCCAGGAAAUAAUGGUCGCAAGGGAGAUAGAGGAGAACCUGGAGAGCUGAUUGGUCCUUUUGAUAAUACUGGAGUGGGUCCUCCAGGACCUCCGGGAGAGCGUGGCCCAAUUGGAGAUCAUGGUCCUAAGGGUACUAAAGGACUGCCGGGUCCCCCAGGCCCCCCUCCCUCUGAACAACAAACAGUGGAUUUGUGGGGUCCAGGGGGACCACGUGGACCAAAGGGAGCCAAAGGUGAAGCUGGAGAACCUGGUAAUCCUGCCACUCAUCCUGGGCCACCUGGCACCGAUGGGCUUCCUGGAGUUAAAGGACCACCCGGACCCAAGGGAUCAUUGGAAGAAUUCUUCAAAGGAGCACCAGGACCACGUGGACGUCCAGGAAAUGCAGGGAAAAAAGGACCAAAGGGUGACCAUGGUCUGUGCAACUGCACUGUAAUAUCCACACCUGGUCCUGUGGGUCCUUCUGGUGAUGCUGGGGACAUUGGCAUGGUAGGAGAGUGGGGUCAGCAUGGUGAUCAGGGAGACCCGGGACCCAGAGGCAUGGAUGGUGUACCUGGUUUCCCUGGUGCAAGAGGAUUACCUGGACCCAAAGGCAGAAAAGGAGAGCUGAGAUCUGCUACACAGAAAGGACAAGCUGGUGACCCUGGGGACCCAGGUGCUAAAGGUUUCCCAGGUGUGCAGGGAAGCCCUGGAUUUGAUGGCAAAAAUGGUGAACCAGGUCUUCAAGGAUAUCCUGGAGAAGGUCCUGUAGGUGAGCCUGGAGAGAAGGGAUACCCAGGUCGGCCAGGUCCUCCAGGUCUAAUAGGUCUGAUAGGACAACCCGGUCAAGUUCUUGGAGCAACUAAAGGUGUAAGGGGCCUUCCUGGAGAUGACGGACAAGUUGGUAUUGAUGGAAAAAAAGGGUCACCUGGUGCUCCAGGAGACUGUAGCCAACAAGGAGUUAAAUGGUAUAUUCCAGUGGAAUGUAUUGGAGAUCCCGGGCCACCUGGAGAGAUAGGGCAGCCUGGACUUCCAGGAUUCAGUGGAUUUCCUGGACUGCAAGGUGCUAAAGGCAUACAAGGUCUUUCUGGAGAACCUGGUGCCAAAGGAGAGAAAGGUGAACCAGGAAGAGCAGGCCCACCUGGGCCAAGAGGUAAGCAUUGGGAGGCCUGUGUGUUUUUAUUGAAUCAUUCUUAUGUAUACCUUUGUCCUGGUGGUCCUGGGGGUGUAGGUUUUUAUGGUGGCUCCAGGGGUGUGGGGAUGCAAUAUCACACAGGUAUGGAGGGAAUGCCAGGUAUGAUUGGCCUUAAGGGUGAAAGUGGCCCUCAAGGUUUUCUAGGAGAGACAGGAAGACCUGGACCGCCAGGAACAUUUGGCUUUCCUGGGCAGCCUGGUCAAGUAGGACCUCCCGGACCAUCUGGAAAAACUGGAGAACCAGGUCCAAGUGGAGAAAGGGGAGUUCAGGGAGACCCAGGCCUUCCUGGGCCCAGAGGAGUAAAGGGUGUCACUGGAGAACCAGGAUAUGUGGGUCUUUCAGGAAAUAUUGGGCCCCCAGGAGAUCCAGGACAACAGGGGACAUUUGGUUUUUUUGGUUUGCCAGGGUUAAAAGGCUCCAAAGGUGGUCAGGGCAUGACGGGUUUCCCUGGAAUGCCUGGUAAGACAGGUUUGAAGGGCUUUUCGGGACAGAAAGGAACAAUAGGUGAUCCAGGACAACAAGGUGUAAAAGGACCUCCUGGCCAUCAAGGUGAAAAAGGUGAGAGAGGGUUGGUGGGGCCUCCGGGUGAAAAGCCAGUCAUACAUAUAACACCACAUAUGAAAGAGGUCAUGAAGGGAGCUAAAGGUGACCAUGGAAAAAUGGGAGAUCCUGGCUUCACUGGUCCCAGAGGUACAAAAGGUCUACCAGGUCUUCCAGGAAAGGAGGGUAAAGAUGGACAUCCAGGUGAGCCCAGUGAAAUAAAAGGUACUAGAGGUCUUCCCGGAGUAAAAGGACAUGCAGGGCCUAAGGGAAUGCCAGGGAUUUCAGGACUUCGUGGAAUUGAGGGUUUUCCUGGAUUCCCUGGACCCCAGGGUGACAAAGGCACGUCUGGUGCUUACGGACGGAUUGGAGAAUCUGGAAUCAAGGGAAUAAAAGGUGACUUGGGUCCUACCAUCAGUCUUCCAGGACCAACAGGACUGAGAGGUGAAACUGGGCUGCCUGGACCUUUAGGUGAAAAGGGACUCACAGGUCAGUCUGGAGACAGAGGAAGUCCUGGUUUUGAUGGCAUUGAAGGGAUGAAAGGCUAUCCAGGAGAACCUGGAAAAGUUGGACCACCAGGUUCUGAUGGCCUACAAGGUUCCCGAGGAACCCUGGGUCAGAAGGGCUGGCCUGGCAUGCCUGGACAGGCAGGAACCCCUGGAAUCCAAGGCCAACCAGGACAAAAAGGAUUUCCUGGUCUUAAAGGCAUUUUUGGAUUGGAUGGCCUGGAAGGUCAAAAGGGUAUCAAGGGUGCUCCAGGUCAUGACAACUGGGGUCCUCCUGGUGAGCCAGGAGCAAAAGGAGAGAGAGGAGAGACCGGCAUCCCCAGCACAGAAGCCGGUGUACCCGGAGAGGAGGGAUUCAAGGGUUUCAUCGGAGAUCCAGGUAAUAAGGGUGAAUCUGGGCAUCCAGGUGUACCGGGUCCUCGGGGUCCACAAGGAUUCUCCGAUAUAAAAGGAGUGCGAGGCGACUAUGGCUUUCCAGGCCCAAAAGGACUUCCAGGUUUUCCUGGUCCCAGAGGUAUCCCAGGUGACCCAUCUCCAUUUGGAGCAAGAGGAGAGAUUGGAAAUCCAGGUGAGUUCGGAUUGACUGGAGAAAAAGGAGUCCAGGGGGACACGGGAGAAAAGGGACCGUCAGGAGAACCUGGAGUGUCAGGAAGAAAAGGUGAAAAAGGAGAAACAGGAAUGAUGGGAUAUCCAGGAAGGCAUGGUUUUGAAGGCGACAGGGGCCCUGUUGGACCUAAAGGAGAUACUGGACCCCCAGGUUUUCCUGGCUUACCUGGUGCUAAAGGACUUCCACCAGUUCCACUGAAACUACCAGGGGAGAGAGGACCACCUGGCCCAAUGGGUAUUCAAGGACCACAGGGACGGAGUGGAAACCCAGGCCCUGCUGGACCUCCUGGUGAUCCAGGGGUUUUGGGUCCAAAAGGGGAAAAAGGCAUGCCAGGUCUCCCUGGAAUACCAGGAAUUCCAGGUUUCCGUGGAGAAUCUGGACAAAUGGGCCAUCAUGGUCUACAAGGCGAAGAAGGGACGCGAGGGAGCCCUGGUUUACCUGGUGCUAUUGGAAUGCCUGGCCGCAGUGUUAAUGUUGGCUACCUGCUGGUGAAGCACAGUCAGUCUGAGCAGAUCCCCAUGUGUCCUGUGGGUAUGUCCAAGUUAUGGGAUGGUUACAGUCUUCUGUACUUUGAGGGACAGGAGAAGGCCCACAACCAAGACCUGGGUCUAGCCGGCUCAUGUCUCCCCCGAUUUAACACCAUGCCCUUCCUAUACUGCAAUCCUGGAGACGUAUGCUACUAUGCCAGCCGCAAUGACAAAUCCUAUUGGCUGUCCACCACCGCCCCAAUUCCCAUGAUGCCCGUGGAGGAGGCCGAAAUAAAACCAUACAUCAGCCGCUGCUCUGUGUGUGAAGCUCCAUCUGUGGCCAUCGCCAUACACAGUCAAGAUAUAACAAUCCCACAGUGCCCAGCAGGCUGGAGAAGCCUCUGGAUUGGCUACUCCUUCCUUAUGCACACGGCAGCCGGAGAUGAAGGUGGCGGUCAGUCUCUGGUGUCUCCGGGCUCCUGUCUAGAAGAUUUCCGCACCACUCCCUUCAUCGAGUGUAACGGGGCCAAGGGUACGUGUCACUACUUCGCCAACAAGCAAAGUUUCUGGUUGACGUCUAUCGAUCAGAACUUCCAGAGUUCCCCUUCCUCUGAGACACUGAAAGCCGGUCAGCUCCUGUCACGCAUCAGCCGCUGCCAAGUGUGUAUGAAGAACCUGUGAGCUGUAACCUGUGAACUUUGAGACUAUUGCAGCAGCAUUACAGUUAACACCAGCAGAGCGACCCACGCAAAUACUUCAUUCCAAAUGUCAAUCACAUAUCAACGUCACAAGUUAGGCUUUUGAAAUGACUUCAUGUGUUUAACUACUACCAUGUGCCUUAUGACUGAAAAUAUGUACAUGUGCAUAAUGAGAAGCAAAGCCAGAGAUGCAUGAAAGCAUAGCUAUGAUAUUUCUCUGUAUUAUUUGCUUUUAUAUACAUGAAAUGGUGCUUAAUUUCUAACUUAUUACCUCAGCAUUAUCAGACCUGAAAUAAUAUUACCGAAUCCAUACAGCUGAUCCAAAGAAUCCCAUGCUUAUGCACUUCUUCGCCACUUUGUGAAUGGAGGGCUGGGAAUCAAGAACCGGUUCUUAUUCAAAACAAGCUGCAUUAUUUUUAAUGGCAGUAUCUUUUUACACUAAAUGCAAAUAGCAAAAAUUUGUAUUUACUCAUAGUACAAAUAGCACAUCACUUCUAUUCAGCAAACGGAAUGUUCUGGCAAGGUUCUCUCAAAGUUAUGAAAACUGUUCUGCUAGUAAUAUUAGUCUUUAAUAUAUUGUCAUAAUGUUUACACACAAAAAUAAACUAUAUUUAUUCGUCAUUUAUGUGUUUUUUCUGAAACAUUUUAGUUGGAUAUUCCUUUAACAUUUUUAAACGUUACUGCUCAUUUCAGAAUGUUCAGAGAAUUAAAAAGUAACAUUUCCAUAAUGUUGGCAAACUGAUUCAACGGAAUGCAUAAACAAGAAAAAAAAAAAAAAAAAACUGGAUGUUCUGAGUGUUCAGAGAAUGUUCAUAAAUACUUAAACGGGAACAUUAGCUAAAUGUUCUUUUUGUUAGUUGGGUUUCUGCACUUCGUGAUUCAGUUCUGUUAACAUCUGCUUUCACCGUAAUAAAAUACGCCGAGCCAAUCAGUGUUAAUCUUACUUUCUGACAUGUGCAUGUGAAUCAACUUUCUAAAAGUCAUUAUUAUUCACACAUUGUGAUUAAAUACAGACACACUCAUGCGUGAUGCUUUGCAAACAUAGCGCAUGACACACUUCAGAAAAAUGUCAUUUGCAGUAGGACUGAUUGUUUAAUAAUAAAUAAAUACAAUAAAAGAUUUAGAAAGACAGCAAAAUAUAAUUUAUUCCAGAUUAUUGUUCUUGUUCUGAAAGCACCUCAUCAUUUGACAACAAAAUUUCGGAGGGCAGCGACUGCAAUAAGAAUUGUUUUCCAAUCAUUGUCCAUUCCCUCUUCUUUAAAAUUACUAAAAGAAUCAUUAACAGAACCAUUGAGUCAAUAUAAUGAAUCAGAAUGGCAAGUAGUAAUUCCACACGAUUGCCAUCCCUAUGUAACAGCCAUAACAUCGAUCAGGAUCAACAGCACAAUGCUUAACCUUAUGGCUGCUUUAAAAACAGCGCCAGCUGUCAUUAUUUUUAACUCUUACAUAAACAUCAUUUUACAAGACUUACACUAACACCAUCCUUUGCUGCCUGUACAUUAUUUUUGCUUUGUCUUUGUUUUUUUUGAUGUGCUGUAAUUGAACAGCUUAGAAGGUUUUUUUUUUUUUUAGCAUUUCCCCUCUAUCGUGUAAUGUUGUCACACCUGUAAUGACACUACUUAUCUCAUGGAAACACAUGGUAGUGUGUUCAUUGGGUAUUUGAUUUCCUAAAGGUCAUAAACUCUGAGACUUGAAGCUUUUUACUAGUUUGGUCCAGUCGAGAGGCUUUGGAUUUUGGUUUCUUUGAGAUAAACCCUCUCUUGGUUUCACCAAUUGCACUAAUUUUCUCAGAGGUUUAAAGGGACACGUUCAGGUCUUUAGAAAACUCAAGUUCAAUCCUUGUCCCACUUUUACAUGCACAACCAGACUAUAUUUUCUGUAAACAAAGUCUAAAUCUAAUGACUAAACCAAAUGUUGGUCACCUAAUCGUCUUCCAGGUAUUUUGGACUUUGAGCAGAUUUGCCCAUUUUCAGUGCACAUUGCGCAAGCAUUAUUGUCCUGAAGCCCAUAAACCACUUUAUUUGACAUCAGUAAAGAGAACCGAAAAUUGUUAUAAUUCAAAACACUUUCUGCAUCGAGAACAUGUCACUGCUUUUUAUCAAAUGUACUUUAAAUGUAAUUAUGUAGAAUAUUUGAAGUCUUUAAUUUUGAAUUGUAGUGUGAUUGAAUAAAAUAACAAUAAAUGCUUUUUGUUUGUUA